AUGACUGGGCUGGAUAGUGUAAAAUUCGUAAAAAAUAUGAAGAUAUAUAGUAAUAACAAGGUAAAAAGCUUUGAAAAGAAACUAUGCACUUGUAAAAUAUUAUUUAUAUCAGCGUUUAUAGCAAAAUUAUGUGGACUGUUUCCUUACCAAUGGAAACAUAAAAACAAGAAAUGCUUAUACGAAAAAUCGACGUUCUGGAUCAUUUACAGUAUAUUUAUCGUAAUAAUUUUAACAGUAGUUUCGAUCUACAGUUUCAAAAACAUAAAAUUGGACAGCAGCAACCUGCCAGAAUUUUUGAAUACUCUGUCCAAUUUGCUGUACAGUACUUACAGAAUUCUCAUCAUUAUAGCUCUAGUACAGCUCAAUGCAGGUGAAGAUUUCUUGAAUAAGCUUGUUUCAUUGGAUAGAGAUCAUUUAUUUUGCCAGAGCUCGAGAAAAAUAUCCAAAAAUAUUAUGAACAAGGUUAAAAUCAUGAAUAUCAGUGCUAUAUGCGGGCAGUUUUUGAUAAUAUGGUACUUGGGAAGAAACAGUGAUGAUAGGGUAAUGAUUUGGAAUAUUUUGGUCAGUUGUGUGUUGCAAGUUUGGCCUUUUACGAAUAGUGACCUAUGGACUGCAAUUAUCAAUUACUAUAUAUCCAACUUCAUAUGCUUUGAAACAAUAUUAAAGAACUAUCUCCAAUACCAACCCAUUCAUCCAAUCCAAAAAUUCGAUUUCACCAAUAACAAAGGCCAAUUUCUUGGUUUCCUGGGUUCGUACAAGAUCUGCUCAGGCCAACACAACAUCCCAAUUUCUCUCAUGGACCUAGACCGCCCAGAAUUGCUAGAUUACCUAAGAACAAUCCACGAAGAGCUCUACCAAAACGUCCAUCUCUACUUUAGCUAUGGAGGAGCUCAAUUUUUCUUUCAGCUCAUUCUGGAACUGGUACUGCUCAGUGCCAGUUCGUAUUCUGUGGCUAUUUACACGGUGUAUGGUACUAGGAAUCUAGAAGCCACGGUGAUGUUUUUGGCGAAUCUUGGUUAUGCGAUUUACCAUUCUUGUGGGUUGUUUUGGGUGUUGAAGGAUGUACAGACUUUAAAAAAUACAGUAAGUCACAUAAAAUAUUUUAAUCCGGUGUUUAACCAAAGUAAAAUUUUGUUAUUUUUAAUAUGA